AUGCCUAAUCAGGGAGACGACUGCUAUUUUUACUUCUAUUCUACAUGCUUCAAAGGCGACAGCUGCCCAUUCCGUCAUUGUGAGGCCGCACUAGGAAAUGAAACUGUUUGCACCCUGUGGCAAGAAGGUCGCUGUUUCCGAAGGGUGUGCAGAUUCCGCCACAUGGAAAUUGACAAAAAGCGAAGUGAAAUUCCUUGUUAUUGGGAAAAUCAGCCAACAGGAUGUCGAAAGCUAAAUUGCGCUUUCCAUCACAGCAGAAGCCGUUAUGUUGAUGGACUGGUCCUACCUCCAAGCAAAAAUGUGUUACCCACUGUGCCUGAGUCACAAGAAGAAAAAGAAGUAAAGGCUAGCUGGUUCACGGUUCAACAGAACAAAUUGUUUGCUCAGUCUAACCCGUUCCCUCAGCUGCCGAGUGUAAUGAAAGUAGGGAGUUCCAAAAAGGUUCCCACGCCCACACAUCCGCCUGUUGUGAUCAAUGUUGCAGAUGAUGAUGAUGAGUCUUCUGAGGAGGAGGAUGAAAGCAAAACACCUGCCCUGCAACCAACUCCUGAUGUCCAUAAUGGAUUACCAGUGGCUUCUGCCUGCAAAUCUGGAGUCAGUUUAAAGGAGGAUGAAUGUUUGAAUUUUGGAAUAAAAACUCUUGAGGAAAUGAAAUCAAAGAAAAUGAAGGAAAAAUCCAAGAAAAACUUCUUGGGAGGUUCCAGUGCUUUACACCAGCCUCAGCCUAAUCUAGGCCCUGAGAAGGAGAAUGUUUGGACUGUGGUGAGGACGGCAACUCUAUCAAGCAAUCAAGAAGAGCCCUUAGUUAGACCGAGUCUCACUGAGAGACUGGGGAAACGGAAACGUUCAGCAUGUGGUGACCGUGAUCCCCCCUUAGAGCGAAGCUUUGCACAGAGGCUGGGUGAAAAAAUGGAAGCACCAGAAACUAACAUUGAUAAAGCACCAAAGAAAAAGAGAGUUUGGAAAGCUGGCGAGAUCCAUGGGAAGACACUGGAAGAACUGCUUCUUGAAAGAGCCUGUCGGAACCAUGGAGAACUGCAAACUCAACUGAAGACAGAAGAACCUUCAGGAGCUGAUGAUUCUCCAUCAGGAAGAAAAAGUUCUUCAGUGUGGUUCAAAACCUUCUCUGAGGUCCUGGCUGAAGAGAAACGUCGGCAGCAGGAAAGGCAAAGAUUUGUAUCUGAAAGGGAUACGAGUUGCUUCAUGCGAACAGAAGAUACUAAACUGAAAAAGACAGUGAGUCUGCGGACUGUUGCAGUUAGCCAAGGACAGCCCAAGGAGCCUGCAGGAAGAGCCAGGUCUCUGCAGGAGGUGCACGUUAAUACGCUAGAAGCAAUUAAACUGGAGAAGGCCCUGAGGAUGCAGCAAAGUUCUGAGAAUUGUGGCAACUCCUGGCCUCAAGCUGAGGCUUCCCCAGCGGCAAAGAGGCUGUUCCGCACCAUCAGGAGAUCAGGCCCAAAAGUAGAGAAAAAACUUAAAUUCUGUGGUGAUGCUACUUGUCAGAGCGCUGUGACGAAGAAGAUGGAGGCGAAUGAGACUUCACCUGAGACCGUAAGUGAUCCCCCAAAACGUCCAGUCAACAGAUGUGACACAGUUAAAGAGAAGCCCACACAGAGACAGCAGGAGAGAGGAGCGUCACUAAAGGAGAAACCAGCCUUGUCAUCAGUGGUCACUGUUCCCUCUGUCAACACUCAGCACCUGGCAAAAUGGCUCCCCAGGGGGUCAUCCCAGAAAGGGGAGGUAGAAACCUCUGGAACUGGGGACUCAGUACUUAAUGUGAAAUGUGCAGUACAGACUUUAGAAGAAAGGAAUGAAGCCAAAGCCAAAGCAAAUAUGAAGCCAUCUGUGGUCAAAGUUGUCUCAGCUCCCAAACUGGCUUCCAAACGCAAAGCUGUGGAGAUGCUCUCUACCUCCAUCGCAUUGGUGAAGCCAUUCAGCUCCAGCAGCGUCCUGCAGGAAAGACCCGCCAAGAAAGCAGCCGUGGCUGUUGUCCCACACGUCUCCGAGGAGAAAUCCGUCACCGUGUCUGAGACAGAAAAACCGAAAGACAAUUCUGUGCUGUCUUCCGCCCAAGCUUCUUUAGAACCCUUGCUCCCAGAAGGACCUGGCCCUUCCUCAUCCCAGAUGGCAACAGAACCGUGCUGGCAGAGCUCUGCCGCGACCGGAAAGCCUACAUGCUCUGAGGAAGAUGAGUUUGAGAAACUAACACGGAAAGUUGCAGGGGGCGUAUCAGAAGCUGAGAUUGACUUGGAUCUUGAGAAAGAUGGAGAUGGUCUUCUGCUUGAGCUCUUGGAGAUGACUGAUUGGUCAAACUGCGGGGGAGAACGAGGACCUUGAGAUAAAACCCUUACCAAAAACUAGACUUAGUUUCAUCUAUUUACCUGAGGUGAUAAUUUCUUUACCUCUCAAAUUUUGCCCAAAUCAAAAGUAUACCUCUGAAGUACCUGUGAGCGUCCUGGAUUCCCUUG